CGACACUGAAAGCAUACUUGGUUUCGACCAAUAAGUAGCUUGUUUGUGGUUUGUUUGAAACUCCACGCAUUGCACUAAUGAAUUUGACAGCUUCUUCUUGUAUUUGACUCUAUAGUAUUCUAUAGUAACAGUUUGUUAUCAUUCAGGAGUUCGUCCUUGCACUUGUGCUGCCAUGUUUGGCUUAGAGCUGAGCCAGCGCUGAAUUCGCAGCGCUGAAUUUCCAAUGGGAAAGCCUGAAAGGCUAAGAGCAGUUCCGCUGGUGCUGGUCGGCAUUUGCUUUGGCGUUUGCCUUGAACGAAGCUUUGUGGCGCUAUGGUCACCUACUUCUAGACCUACCAACCCCACGAGCAGAGGGUCCCAUUGGGCCCUAAGUGGGACGAAGCAGGCUUCUUUGGUGGCCCGGCAGGCUACACUAGUUGGCAGCCCAGCCCCGUUCUACAAUGCGGACGAGAAAUUCAAGGGAAUCAUCGAUGAAGACAUUGAGAAUAUGAACAUUGCAGAAUAUGUGGGUGAUCGCUAUUUGGUGCUUUUUUUCUACCCCUUGGAUUUUACAUUUGUGUGUCCAACCGAGAUCAUAGCCUUUUCGGACCGCUUCGAGGAGUUCGAAAAAAGGAAGACGCAGGUCUUAGGAGUCUCUGUGGAUAGCGAGUAUUCUCAUUUGGCAUGGAUCCAAAUGUCCCGUGAUGAGGGUGGACUUGGAGGCCUCGAAUAUCCCUUGAUCUCCGACUUUCAUCGAAGCUUAGCAAAGGAGUAUGGUGUCCUUAGUCCUGAUGGAGCCGCUUAUCGAGCGCUUUUCAUCAUUGACAAGGAAGGAAUCGUGCAACAUGCCACAGUGAACAACAUGGCCUUUGGUCGAAACGUCGAUGAGGUUCUGCGAGUCCUUGAUGCAAUCCAAUAUGUUCAGCAAAACCCCGAUGAGGUUUGCCCAGCGGGUUGGCAGCCCGGUGACAAGACCAUGAGACCAGACUUCGAUGGCAAGCGAGAGUACUUCCAGGAUCAGGAGUGAAAUGGUUUGAGAAAGCUACUGAAGAAGAAGAAGAAUAAUAAGCAAAUCAAGUCGUUUGAGAAA